GACGGGAAGGGGCAGGCCUAGAGCGGCCAUGGGGUCCAGGUCCAGAUCUCGGUCGAGGGAGCGGGAACAGCGGAGGAGGAGAAGGCGGUCCGGCUCCGAGGAGAGUGAAAGGCGGCGGAGGAGAAGGAGAGAGCGAGAAGACAGCCCAGCAGAGGAGAGUAAAAAAUGGCAAAAGAAGAAAGAAAAAAGUGGAGACCACCACCGCAAGAAGCACAAGAAACGUUCUCCCCGGGAUCGCUCCCCAAGUUCAGAGUCUUCUUUGGGACCUUGGGACCACAACAGCGAGAGGAGGGGCCUGCGAAGCAGGAAGCGUUCCAGUUCCAGGUCUUCGGUGUCUUCCGUGUCGUCGGCCUCUCCCUCGCGCUCACAGAGCUCCCGGGAAGACCUGGGCCAGCAGCUUAGCCUCCAGGAGCAGCUGAGUCUGAAGGAAGAGAAUAGGAAGCAGAGGGAGCUGAUGAAGGCCUUGGAGACUCCCGAAGAGAAGAGGGCCAGGCGCUUAGCCAAGAAGGAGGCCAAGGAGAGGAAGAAGCGAGAGAAGAUGGGCUGGGGGGAAGAGUAUAUGGGCUACACCAAUACAGACAACCCUUUUGGAGACAACAAUUUGUUGGGAGCUUUCAUCUGGAGCAAGGCUCUGGAAAAGAAGGGGAUCAGCCACCUGGAGGAGAAGGAGUUGAAGGACAGGAACAAACGGAUUCAAGAGGAAAACCGCCUGGAGUUGCAGAAGGUGAAGCAACUGCGCUUGGAACGUGAACGGGAGAAAGCAAUGCGGGAGCAGGAACUGGAGAUGCUGCAGCGGGAGAAGGAGGCGGAGCACUUCAAAACAUGGGAGGAGCAAGAGGACAACUUUCACUUGCAGCAAGCCAAGCUACGCUCCAAAAUCCGGAUCCGGGAUGGCCGAGCCAAGCCCAUUGACCUCCUAGCUAAAUACAUCAGUGCUGAGGAUGAUGACCUGGCUGUAGAAAUGCACGAACCGUAUACCUUCCUGAAUGGUCUUACUGUCUCCGACAUGGAAGACCUGUUGGAGGACAUCCAGGUUUACAUGGAGCUAGAACAAGGGAAGAACGUGGACUUCUGGCGGGACAUGACCGUCAUUACUGAAGACGAGAUAGCCAAGCUCCGGAAACUGGAGGCUUCGGGGAAAGGGCCAGGUGAGCGCCGAGAAGGGGUGAACGCUUCGGUCAGUUUGGAUGUGCAGUCGGUUUUCAAGGGGAAGACAUACAACCAGUUGCAAGUGAUUUACCAAGGGAUCGAGGGCAAGAUACACGCUGGGGGCCCCAAUCUUGAUAUUGGCUACUGGGAGAGUCUUCUGCAACAACUUAAAGCCUAUAUGGCUCGGGCCAGGCUGAGGGAGCGGCAUCAGGACGUCUUGCGCCAGAAACUGUACAAGCUCAAGCAGGAGCAAGGGGUGGAAAGCGAGCCACUUUUUCCCAUCAUGAAGAAGGAGCCAGCCUCUCCGGGCGCCAGCAGUAGCAGCAGGCUGGAGGCAGAAGAGAGUGCUCCUGUGCAAGCUGGCCCCUCUUCUGCCGAGACUGGGGGCGAGGCAGAGGCAGAGGCCAAAGCGGAGGGAGAAGGAGAGGCCGUCCUGAUGGAGGAAGACCUCAUUCAGCAAAGUUUGGAUGACUAUGAUGCUGGCAAGUACAGCCCCCGGCUACUGACCUCCCACGAGCUGCCCUUCGACGCCCACGUGGUGGAGGCUGACGAGGACCUCCAGCGCCUGCUGUUAUCCCGUCAGCAGCUGCAAGUCACAGGUGAUGCCAGUGAGAGCGCAGAAGACAUCUUCUUCCGUCGUGCCAAAGAAGGGAUGGGGGCGGACGAGGCACAAUUCAGUGUAGAGAUGCCCUUAACGGGGAAGGCCUACCUGUGGGCUGACAAGUACCGGCCCCGCAAGCCCCGCUUCUUCAACCGCGUUCACACGGGCUUCGAGUGGAACAAAUACAACCAGACCCACUAUGACUUCGACAACCCCCCACCCAAGAUUGUGCAGGGCUACAAGUUCAACAUCUUCUACCCUGACCUGAUUAACAAGCGCUCCACUCCCGAGUAUUUCCUGGAGGCCUGUCCCGACAACAAGGACUUUGCCACCCUGCGCUUCCACGCCGGCCCGCCCUAUGAGGACAUCGCCUUCAAGAUCGUCAACCGAGAGUGGGAAUAUUCCCACCGCCACGGCUUCCGCUGCCAGUUUGCCAAUGGCAUCUUCCAGCUGUGGUUUCACUUCAAGCGCUACCGAUAUCGACGGUGAAGGGGGUCAGGACAGGUGUGGGUUUCCUGUACAGGCAAUGCCAAGUUUGCAAAGCAGGGCCUAUAUCAGUGGAGAGAAGUGUGAAAUUGGGACCAAAAUCAGGGCCACCAAAGAUACGUGUGAUGCAGAAGGGGACUGGAAAGCCAGUUCACCUGUAAGCGCUCUGACUACAUCAGCCAUUCAGCCUCAGUGGAGAUGCCAUUCUUUCUUCGGGCACUAGAUGUUGCUUUUCCAUCACCUUGCUUCUCCUCCUUUGGGUCUGUUCUUCUUUCAUCCUCCCUCUUGGUGGCACUAGAUCUUGAUUUUUUUAACAGUUGGUAACUUUUCCUGAGGCUGCAUUGGUCAGGUGACUUUCGUACAAAGCUAUCCGGUUGAAAUAACCAGUUUGGUUUCUCUGUUGGAGAACACUGGUGUUAGCAAAAUCUUGGGGUUUUUAAAAUAAUUGUACUACUCAAUUAUACAACAGAUACGCAUAGCCAUAUUUUAAGAAAACAUAACGAACAAGGAACACCCCCGAAGCAAAUGCAAAACAAAAAAGAAGCAAUAAAUAAAUAAAAUGUUUGCAAUUA